AUGGCCGGCAAUGGGUGUCCCAGAUGCUGCUCAGAGUAUGGGCAACAUAGCGAAGCCGGGCAUGGCAUGCAAGAGACGGUGAAGGUGCAAGACGAAGGGCGGUCAAGUCCGGCGAUCUUCAACCCAUUCUAUACCGGACGCCCGCGAACUCCGGCUGGGGGCAGCAAAUCGACUUCGAUAGAUCGCCAGGAAAUCAUAAGAAAGAUUAAGAGCGGUACAUCUCGAUCCAACUCCCCAGAGACGGAGCGAAAGUCUUCCACGCGUACAAGCACGCUGAACGCCAGAUCAAGAUCUCCCGAGGUGCAACACGACAAUCAAUCCAUCGGGAUGCAAAUCGAACGACCACGCUCAGCCCUCCACAGCGGGGAUUUCCGCGAUCGAAAUCAGACUUCUUCAAGAUUCCAAGAAGACCUUACGGGUAGAAGAGAUCGUGAAUUGCCUGCCUUUUCAACUUCGCCUGUUGCACUGUGGCAUACAGAAUUUCCCGUGGCUCUGCAGCAUAUCCGUGAAGAAGGGACAAGAUCACACGUGCAUGCCCGACCCAUCAAUCAGCAGAUCAGAUCUCGUGCAGCUUCCAACGCCUCGCUGGCUACCAGUUUUGUGUACAAGCCGCCUACGAGCCCUCUCGUGCAUUCUUCACGACCCGACACGCCUGAGCCUUGUGAACUAUCCUACUCGCGAAGUCCUGAUAAGUCACGCAGGCACACUUUCUCCCCUCAGUCAUUCCAGCGCUUUCAGCCCUCUUUAGACUACCCCUCAUCUAGUCGACAACAGCCACCUUCACUGCGCGCGGAAAAGACUUUCCCGUACCAAGCUCACCAACCCAUGAGAUCUCUAAACUCGACAUCGUACACUAGCCAGCUACAGAGUUCGUUGACUGGCUCACGGCGUCCUUCAUUUUCUGAAACCCCCCUCCAUCAUGCCCCUAUGGUGGGCUCUUACGAAGAAUCCAUCUUGCGUGGUCGUAUGUCUACCAUUCCGUCUAAGCCACUGAAUUUCGUCGCGCAAAUUGGUGUUCUUGGGAAGGGUAAUUGCAAGUCCAGCUUGCGCUGUCCUCGGCAUGUUAGCGUGCCUUUUCCAGCAGUAUUCUACAGCUACGGUGCUGGCAUUCGAUCAACGCCUGGCGGUGAUCAGCCGAGUCCAUAUGUUGGUCUCAUUGACCUUGAGAACAGUCUUCCUAGUGCUGAAGAGACACUGGAAAAGCGCUUUCAGCGACUCCAUGGUCGUAGCAGCAACGAAGGCUCUCGGGCUAGUUCUCGUACCCGGGAAGAUGCAUUGACAUCGGACGCCCAAGCAAAGAGACGGCGACGACAGAAGGACAAAAGAAGGUCGGGCUCUCCCAAAGCUCCGCCUGGAGGCAGCUACCGAAUACCACAACAAGGCCAGCUUCAGAUCGUGAUCAAAAACCCGAACAAGACCGCCGUGAAGCUUUUCCUSAUCCCGUACGAUCUUACCGAUAUGGAACCAGGGCAGAAGACUUUUAUACGACAGCGCAGCUAUUCUGCUGGCCCAAUUAUCGAAUUGCCGCUUUCAUCCCGUCAGAACAUAGGGAGCGAUAUAUCGGAAGCUGCUAGGGGCUCAACCGGCGAUUCACAGGACAAGCCUACGCUGAGAUAUCUCAUCCACCUACACAUCUGUUGUCCUUCCAAAGGAAGGCAUUUUCUGUACAAAUCCGUCAGGGUCGUCUUCGCGAACCGGGUACCGGACGGCAAGGAGAAACUCUGCAAUGAGCUCCAACUCCCUGAGCCCAGAUUCAGCGCUUACAAACCGGGACGAGAUUCUUUGAGUGGAGUUCAUGUCUCUGUUGAGGACCGCACACGAAGAUGCAGCGGGCUUGAACCCGCACAAACGGCGUUCGAAUCGCAGCGCCCGCUCGACGCGCAGAAAUUUGUCCAAUCCCUUCCCCGAGGGGAAUACAGCGGCAAAGCGCGACACGACAUGCCGAAUGCAGUGCCAACCAUGCCGCGGCAAUUCGAUGCGCCGCCUGUCCUGGAAUCUCGGCCGGCGGAGACUUUCGACAACGACACGGGGUCACAGAGCACCGCUUCGAUUCGACCUCCGCUUCUGUCGCCCGCUUCGGAUAGGUAUGCUCCAAAGAACUCCUCUAUGCUCGAGGACCCUUUCAACUUUCGGCGGGACAGAAGUCGAGAGCGUAGAAGCGGGUAUCCRAACGAGUCGUUGCUUUCGAAACGCUUGAUGGAUCUGGCAUUCCAAGCACAAGCUCACCAUCGAGAUGAUGCAUGA